AUCUCCCACACCACGGACGUAGACACUACCAUGGCCUCUCUCGCCCCCCAGAUCAACACCGAGUUGUGCCCCGUGUACGCGCCGUUCUUCGGCGCCAUGGGCUGCACCGCCGCCAUUGCGCUGACGUGUAUUGGUGCUGCCUACGGCACUGCCAAGUCCGGCGUCGGAGUCUCGGCGAUGGCCGUCCUUCGCCCCGACAUGAUGAUGAAGUGUGUGAUCCCCGUCGUCAUGGCCGGUAUUAUUGCCAUUUACGGCCUCGUCGUGUCGGUGCUCAUCUCGGGCGGCCUCGAGUCCCCCAUGCCGCUCUACACGGGCUUCAUCCAGCUUGGUGCGGGUCUGUCCGUCGGCCUGGCGGGUCUGGCGGCCGGCUUCGCAAUCGGCAUCGUCGGUGAUGCCGGUGUGCGCGGCGCAGCCCAGCAGCCGCGCCUGUAUGUCGGCAUGAUCCUGAUCCUCAUUUUCGCCGAGGUUCUCGGCCUGUACGGCCUCAUCGUCGCGCUUAUCCUCAACACGGGUGCCGCCGUCGACUACAAGUGCGUGCUCAACUAGCCGCUAGUCCUCGUCCCCUCCAGCCCCGCCCCCACCUUCUCCCGGACUCCCGGACCCCUUGCGCCGAUAGACCCGGCGCAGAAAGCUAGAACGAUGCACCAUUGAAGUCGCGAUA